AAUUAAUCAAGUGUGAAUGAUGUGUCCUGCGUCACGGGGUAAAAUGCCUACAAUUGUCUUUAGCGUUGCAUAUACACGUUUAGUAAGGAAAGCCUCUGUUGGCUGUAAAGAGACAAGCAGAGCACGUCUUCAAGUUCACGUUAAAAUAAAUCGACGCGUGGCCUAUUCGAAGGACGCUAAACCACCAUUAAAAAACACUGCUAUGGAUUCAAGCUUAGAAGCGUUUAUUCCCGACAUUACUAACGACAAGCCAUAGUUUUGGCCUUCAGUGGUGGACAAACUUUCUUCCAUGCCAAAUAUACUUUAACUAUAAGACACCUUUAAUCCUCAUAAUGAUGUAUCGCGCUUUUUGGGAUAAACUAUUUCUCCUUAGUGGCUAUUUAUUUACUUACAGCCAAGUGCUGGAAAACUCUACAUCAUCAGUAACAACAGUGGAGAUGACUCCCACCAUACUUACCACUAUAAACAACACACCAGCAGUGUUAAGUAAAAACACUGUUCGAAAAAAGUUCCUAGCAGCAGCAGUUCACUCUCAUUUUGCCGACUGCCCUGACUCCCACAGCCAUUUCUGCUUUCAUGGCACAUGCCGCUUUCUCAUCCUGGAGGAGACACCAGCAUGUGUGUGCCACCCAGGCUUCAUAGGUAUGCGUUGUGAGCAUGCAGACCUGCUGGCAGUGGUGGCAACAAACCAAAGGCAGCAGACAUUGGCCACUAUAUUGCUGGGCAUACUGGGGAGUGUCCUGCUUGUACUGCUUUGCACCAUAAUAAACUGUUGGUGGAAGCGGGGCAGAUGUAGGCGAGGAUCUCUGCUUUCAUGUUUGCCGGAAAAACAGAAUAGCAUGGAAAAGCCAGAGAUGUCGUGCUGUCAUUUAGAGACAGUGGUUUAAAAUAGUUCUACUGUACUAAUCUUGGUUGCACUCAUGCUCUCCAUUUUUGCCACCUGAAGUCCCAUGGAUUAUCCCUCAAAUAAUCUAGUGACUCAUGUUUGCCUGCUGAGAACCAAACCAAAUGUGGAACUCGGAACUUACUCAGUGGAAGUAAACAUCCCUAUUUAUUUUUUUUUUUUUUUAGAUUUUUUUUUUCUUGUGGAUUAUAUAAAUCUAAAAUGAUGGAAGAUGGUUUAUUUCCCAUAUACCACACAAUAUCUCAGAUAUUGCUCUCCUGGACUGGACUUUCUUACUAAUGUGUUGGACUAGAUUAAAGGAGUGAAGAUGCAGUCAGAGGAAAAAGCCCUGCAAUGAAGGAGUAACAGACUAGUGCUUAAGGCCUGCUCAGCUGGAUGUCAAAAGUUAGAAUGAGAUUCAGAAAUUUGAAAAGAUAUCUUAAUGACUUAAUGUGCUUCAGGUAUUUGGACAUUCUUUGAGACAAUAAGAACUUUUACUUUUGACCUAAAACGUUGAUAUUAAGAUAAGAGGAUGAUAAGAGGAAUGGUUUCAUUUUCAAAUCAUAAAAAACUAACAAUAUGCUGAUGGCAUGUGAAAAUGAUAGCACUUGCCAAACUUUUGGAUACACCUACUUGUAGCAAGAUUUUGUCUCAUUUUCCACAUUAGGAAUAAAAUGACAAAAUCCAGACAAUUAAAUAACAGGGAAUUGUACAGGAAACAAAACAUGUUAAACUAAUGAGAAUCUUUAAAUAUUAAUUGACAAGCUUUAUGAGAAAUCUCAAUGAGAAGUGUUGGGUUACUUUCCAAGAGUUCCCAGGUAUGCUGGGCAGUUAUUGGCUGUAGUUUGAGUUUUAAAUGAAAUUUAUUUAUUUUUUGCAUUGGAACUUAUUUCAAUCAUGUGCCUUUAGAUAUCUUUUAAGAUGAUCAGGAACAGUGUCCAAACUUUUGGUGUGUGGAAUAUAUGCGAUUAUGCAAUUUUAAAUGUAUUAUUCUAGCAGUGUCACACACAGUUUAUUGUUCAAACAAUGAAAGAAUAUUCUUAGGUAUCUUGGCUGAUGAGUAUAGCAUGAUAUAUUUAAGAAUUAACAGUCACUGGCAGGCUUCUGAGGAAAACACUUGGGUCUUGGAAUUCAGAGGGUAUUCAAUGCUUAUGUUCUUAAUUCUUAUUGCACUUCGAUAUUCUUGUUCACAGAUUGCAUUCAAUAACAUAAGUAUGCAUACUCGCCUCACUCACCCUUGAGUUGAGCUUUCUCCUGUUUCAGUACUAGAUAGUGGAGAGAUUGUUGCAAGGUUUUUCUGUAUAACUUCUAAAAUCAGAAUCACAGCACUUGUAUAGUUUCGGCAGAAAAGUACUGAAGGUUUUUGUGUGCACAAGUGUGUUUGCUCAUAUUCACUUUACACUGUUGCACUGCAGUCAUGUGAUUGACAACAAUUUCUAAUCCACACUCUUACCCUGAUAGCACUGGCUCUUUUCUAGAAAACAACAUCUGAAAUGUGCUAAACUGGCCCAGUCAUAAGUGAGGCCUGAUUUGGACUCAAAAAGUGUGUAGAUAUAAUUGUGACAAAACCACAAAAUUCACUUUACAAAUCACUAUGUACAUAUUCACCUUUAGAUAUAUAUACUAUUUAGAUAUAGUCACACACAUGCUCACACUCUACCAUGUAUAUACAUACAGACAGACAUGACAACUGAUUUAAAGCUUGUUACUGUUUAUUUCAGAAUUUUAGACUCUGAGUUUUAGAAUGUUUUAUACCUUGUUAAGCAUUGUGUAUGUUGUCUUACGGACCCUCAAGCCUUUUGUCAUUGCUCUUAUGUAAACUAGGGUACAUCCAGAUACAGGUAAAAACCCUGAUACUGUGUGGAGUUUUAUUCAGCCAUCAGCCUUUGCGAACACUAAAACUGACAAAACAAAAAGUUUAGUAAACUAUGUCCCAAAAUUAGAAACCAAUAGCAUUAUUGAGCACAUUAGUGUACUAGUAAUUGUUUAGUUAUAAGAGAAAGUUGAGUGAAUAAGACUUUAGUGGAAUGAUUGGGCAUUGAGCACUUUAUGUAAAGAACAAAAACCGAUUGCACUGGCAAAUCCUUCGAACUGAUGUGAUAAAUUAACUGGCUGCAAGCAAAUUAAUACUAAUUGUUCUUAAUUAUAUAUGACUGAGAAUUCUCUUGCAUCUCUUCUGUUCUGUGACUUGGCUAUAUUUUACAAACUUUAUUUGAUUAUCUAAAUCUAAUUAUUGGUUAACUUUGACACCAUAUUUUGUUUGCCCAGUAUUUAAACACCAAACAAAAAAAUCAAACUUGUACCUUGAGUGUUUUGAUAUAUUUGGAAUUGUUUUGUGGUGAAAAGGUGUCUGUAUACAUCAGGUUUUUUUCUGUGAAUUUCUUGUUUUGUCUUGUGUUGUAAUAUCACUAUAUAAAUUUGAAUCAUGAACAUGUGUUUGAACCUAUAAAACAGAAUUAUAAAUA